GCUGCGGCACCGCCUCUGAUUGGCUGCUCAUUGCCCUCAUCCCAGCCCCAUAUCCGUGAAGGGGGGGAUGUGGGGUGGAGGGAGCAGAAGGGCCACCCCCCUCCUGCACCCCCCCCCGCUCCCCCCACCGCGAUGUUGCUGUUAUUGGGGCUGCUGCUGGGAGCUCGGGGGGCAGGAGCCUUCGUGAUGCACGUAGCCAGCUCCUGCCCGCUGGCAGCCAAUGGCUCCCUAUUGGACUUCGAGCUCACCGUGGCCUUCAACAAGAACCCCUUGGUGUGCUACGACCCCGAUGUCCAGCGCUUCAAUGCCUGUGACUGGAAGCUGCUGCAAGGCGCGGCUGAACAGAUUGCCAUUGCCCUCAAUAAUGACAGCACCUGGGUGAAGCGUGCAGAGGCACGGAGACAGGCAUGCAGCAAACUGGCUGCACAGUUCUGGGCACAGACGGCGCUGCGCAGGACUCAGCCCCAGGUCCGCAUCAUCCCCUCGCAGACAGGGAACCCCAGCACGCCCAUCCGCCUCACCUGCCACGUGUGGGGCUUCUACCCCCCAGAGGUGACCAUCGUCUGGUUCCACAAUGGGGAUAUGGUGGGGCCUGGAGACCACUCACCCGUGUCAUCCAUCCCCAAUGGGAAUUGGACCUACCAGACACAGGUCACCCUUUCGGUGGCCCCGAAGGUUGGGGACAUCUACACGUGUUCAGUGCAGCACGACAGCCUGGAGGAGCCCCUCCUGGAGGACUGGCGUCCUGGGCUGACUCUGGAGGUGACGCUGAUGGUGGCUGUGGCUACUGUAGUGAUGCUGUUGGGGCUCAGCUUGCUCCUCGUUGGUGUCCACUACUGGCGGGCCCAACCCCCUGCCCCAGGUUACACCCCACUUCCUGGUCACAACUACCCUUCAGGCAGCAUCUGAUGGACACCUCCUGUCACCAGCUGUCCCUGCGUGUCCCCAUCCCCUACCCUGAGCCAUGGUGCUGACAUUAAAGACACUCUGCAGCCUC